AUGGACCACGAAACAGCUAGCGGCGCUUCAGGCCUUUGCCAGACCUGCCAGAACUUCGACCUACGCGGCUCGUACUUCGAAUACGGAUCCGGCGACGACGCCCCGGACUCAGCAGGAGAAUUCCACUUGGGAACGCUUUCGGAUAUUAUCGAGAGGCAAAACUGUCCGUUGUGUAGGCUGGCUCUUUCGGCAAUAGGUGCGAGGAGCACUGAACUGCCAGAUGAAACUGCCAGGACCAUUCAAUGCUACCUUGAUUGGGAGGAUGAAAAAACAAUCUUCAGGCCUACUGAGGAUACGUGGAAUUACGACCUCGGAAACUGGCAAGAUAUCAAGGACAUGUGGGAAUCCAACUUUGACUACUGGGGAAAGUAUAAGGAUACGUGGGAAUUUGACCCCAAUAGGACCGUCGACACGAUUCCACAUGACUCUAUUCCUGUCACGCGCUGCAUACGUGUAAGGGCAGAGCCGUGGAUGGACCCGAUGAACGAAUCAGAUCUUAUAACCACGAUUCCCGACUCAGAAAAGCCUUUCCUCGGUAGAGAGUGGAAGCAGGAUCAUAUCGACUUCGACCUAGUGAAGAGCUGGAUCUUCCAAUGCCGCAAGAUCCAUUUGGGCGACGAUGAGACUAUCCUGCCGUCAGAGGGAGAAGCGGGCCAGAUUGCCCAUUUUAAACUGAUCGAUGUGCAGGACAUGUGCAUUGUGGACGCAUCCAGCCACACCGAGUACAUAGCAUUAUCGUAUGUUUGGGGAACCAAGAACACUUUCCUAACGACAUCGAAGAACAUCUCGAGAUUGCGAGAACGCGGCGCGUUGUCAGAUCUGGAGGGAGAGAUACCGGCCACAAUUCGGGAUGCCAUGCUCCUAGUCUCAAGACUUUCAUUCCGCUAUCUAUGGAUUGAUAGCCUCUGCAUUGUGCAGGAUGAUUCCCAGACAAAAUCCGCCGCUAUCAAUGCAAUGGAUGUGAUGUAG